CGUCUGGCUCGGUCGGGCCGGGGCGGGAGCGCGGCGCGGGACGGCAGGGCCCAAGGGCUGCGGACGGCGGCCUAGGAGGCCAGCAGAAAUUGGAAAUGGGGAAUCCAUUGUGAAAAAGAUGUGAGCUCUGGAGUUGGACGUGGAGAUCGAAUGGCCUUCAACUCUGAAGAGUCUGGGUUGAAAUCCAACCGCGCUCCUUACUGGUCCAAAGCCACAUACCUGAUUGAUCACAUAGCCCUUCUAAGUGCUGUUCUUCAACUGUAAACUGGGAUGAAACCUAUCAUAGUACUUAAGAUUUCACGUAUUUUUGCUGAACUUGUUAAAAAAAAAAAGCGCUUGGGAUGAUGGAUUAACAAGAACAUUGAAAUUCUGUGAAAAGUUUCAAAUUGGAGCAUAUUGAAUUUUCACCCUAGUCCAGCAGCUGUGCUGCUCACUUAAAUACAGAUGAAUGAAGACCCCAUUCGGAAAGACACCUGGCCAGCGGUCCAGAGCUGAUGCAGGCCAUGCUGGUGUGUCUGCAAGCAUGAUGAAGAAAAGGACAUCCCACAAAAAACAUCGGAGCAGUGUGGGACCAAGCAAACCUGUUUCCCAGCCUCGGCGGAACAUCGUAGGCUGCAGGAUUCAGCAUGGGUGGAAGGAAGGGAAUGGCCCUGUCACCCAGUGGAAAGGAACCGUUCUGGACCAGGUGCCUGUAAACCCUUCUUUGUAUCUUAUAAAAUACGAUGGAUUUGACUGUGUUUAUGGACUAGAACUUAAUAAAGAUGAAAGAGUUUCUGCGCUUGAAGUCCUCCCUGAUAGAGUUGCAACAUCUCGAAUCAGUGAUGCGCACCUAGCUGACACAAUGAUUGGCAAAGCAGUGGAGCACAUGUUUGAGACAGAGGAUGGCUCUAAAGACGAGUGGAGGGGAAUGGUCUUAGCACGCGCCCCUAUCAUGAACACAUGGUUUUACAUCACCUAUGAGAAAGAUCCUGUCUUAUACAUGUACCAGCUGUUAGAUGAUUAUAAAGAAGGCGACCUUCGUAUUAUGCCCGAUUCUAAUGAUUCACCUCCAGCAGAAAGGGAACCGGGAGAAGUUGUGGACAGCCUGGUGGGCAAACAAGUGGAAUAUGCCAAAGAAGAUGGCUCUAAAAGGACUGGCAUGGUCAUUCAUCAAGUAGAAGCCAAACCAUCUGUCUAUUUCAUCAAGUUUGAUGAUGAUUUCCAUAUUUAUGUCUACGAUUUGGUGAAAACAUCCUAGAUGUCAUCACAAACUUUACCAAAUUUGUGGAACUAUUAAAUGUAUAAUUUGUAGACAUAAAGACUUGAUUGCUUUCCAGUUUAAUGAAAGCUUAAAUGUCCCUGCGAACCCACAAUCUCUGCCAGCAGAACUGGUUUUGUUCUGAAUCGUACAGAUUUAUGUGAACACAAAGCAUUUUGUGUAAGGAACUCCUUCCUCUUAAAAGAAGUCUGUCUGUUUGGAAGGGAGUUACAGGCAAGUCCGGUAAAAAUUAAGCUAGUAUCAUAGUCAUUUAAAACCGUAAUAGAUCUUAUCCACUUUCCCCUUCACUCUUAACACUUAUUCUGCUGCCACAAUGCAAGCAUAGUUUGGUUGCAUUUUUGUUACUGCCUUUUUUUUUUUUUAAGAUAUAUAUGUAUGUAUAUCUCUACCUAUCUAUAUCUGUGUGUAUACAUAUAUAAUAUAUAUAUACACACACACACAGAUCUGUGUACACACACACACACACACACACACUUCAUUGGCAGUUCUUUGUGGAUUGAGGUAGGAGUUAAAUAAUUUUCUCCAGUUUAACAGGAGUGCUUGACUUUAUAUCACUGCUGUGUAUUUAAAAAUUAAAUCUAGGCACAGGAAGAACAUGGGGACAUUCAGCUUGUGUUGAAAGUCAGAAUUUCAGAGCGCCAUUUCAAUCCAGAGUUUUUAAACUGUAAAUUCAAACAUGAAUCACUUGUGGGUGUUUAAUGACCCACAUUAGAAUUUACAAAACAAUUAGGAAUCUACGUAAAAGGCUGCCUUUAAUUCUAAGCUUUGUACAUUUUUUGUUUACAUUUUUUUUAAUCUUAAAUACUUUUUUAAAGCAAAGCCCAGGUACUUGGUCCACAUUGUGUAAUACAGGUGUAUUUUGGAUGACGCAUUUGGUCCACUAUUUGUACAAAUUAGUACUAGUCUGGGUUUUAGUACAUGGAUUUAAAAGGCAACAGUAUAUCAGUGGUUUAUGUGUAUUUGGUAGGUUCCUGGAAGAACAUAGUACUUUUAUAUUAGAAAUGUAAGAAUGGCAUUGUUGUCUUUUACCAAGUUCUCUCGGAUCCCUUUGUUAUUAUUACUCUUACGACUGGUGUAUGAUUAUGGUCAGAAGGCUUUUCCCCCUCAAAGAAUAUCUAGACAAUUAACAGCUUAAAUUCCUGACACCUUUUUUGGUGCUGUGUGUUCUUGCUCAUGGUGUGCUAAUAAUGUGGAUUGAUUCCAGUUGGUGGGUCCUGCCACAUCAGGGUUGGUCACCUGCACUGGUUUGUGGGUGUGACUGAUAGCAGCCCUUAGCCUUUGAAACCUUCCCUGCAAGGCUGUUUGAACUAAAAUAUAACUGCAAAAGUGGUUCGUUAGCAGCAAAACAUCAGCCUACCACUUUGUUUUGGAUGAUCCCUGGCAGUUUGAAAGCUGGCUGGGAGAAAGAUGGUUUGUGAAACCAGUCUUGUAGAGGUUGAAAAUCUUAUCUUAAGAUUUGCACAGAAAGCUUAAAUACAUAAGCUGGCAAUCAAACACCAGGUCUGUGUGACCCCUCUUGUAGCUGUUCUUGAUGUUAGUUUCAAGGCCAUGCUGUAUGUGGUUUGUAUGAUGCCCAUUUUCACUCAGGAAGGCUUUGCCGUGUCGUGCUGGUGUACGGUAACCUCGUGCGCCAUGUAAAUCCAGCACCCUGGUUCUCUGCAGUGUGCCCUCACCCAGGGUGGUCAAGGGUGAGCUUCUCCAUGCAGUGAGUACCUAGGUCGUAGGUGUUCCUUCUGUGGUUGAAACAAGUGUCACACUACAGAUCUAUCAUCUGUUCUGCUGGUGGCUCUUGUAAGAGUUCCUGCAUGUGAGUCUCAAGGCUGAGCCCAGCUCCCUGAGUCCAAGAGGACACGAAUGGCCAAGAGAGUGAGUUGUCCAUUGUGCACUGCAUGAACAGGACACAGUGACUAUAGGCUGAAAAACAAAGUCCUUUGGUGGUAUCUUGAGGGUUGGAUCAGUUGAAACAAUUCUUGCAUUACUUAAUGACUUGCAUUGUGGUUUUUCUGCAAGUACCUUUAGGAACUUUUAAUAUACCACAUGAUCUGCCACUCUCUAGAUAAAUGUGACAUGUGAUUUGUUAUCAUUAUUAUUUUAAUCAUUGUUCCAUUUAUUGCCUUUCGGGUUGAAGGAAGGGGAAGGGGUUUUAUGUUGUUAUUUCCCCCCCUUUUUUUUGUUCCAUUCUUUUUCUUUUGGUGGCUUAAACCACACUUCCUGAUGCCGUGACUAACUCUGCUUCCCAGCUGAGUAUUUCAGGCUUCAUUUAGGCUCAUGUUUCAGAUCUGCAUGCAUUGCUUGCAUUUUCCUGGUAUCGGAAUGUUGGUUCCUUGUUCUAGGAAUACAACAUUAAUUUCCAAAAUUACCAUGGGACUUGUGACAACACAAGACAUGAAUCUCUGUAUAAAAUGUAUUGGCCUUUCUCAUUGACCUGCUAUAGUAUUAUUGUGUCGUGUGUGUGCGUGUGUGAUGUCUGGCUGCCACGUAAAGCUUCAAAGGAAGACCUUAAAAGCAGACCAUCCUUUUUUGCAUGCUCUAUUCUAAGUAGAAUGUUCAAUGUAACUAACUAAAAUUGCAUGUUAAAUAUAUUUAGGUUUUUUGUUUUCUAUCUUUGUUUUUAUUUGUUUUCAGUUUCUGUAUAUUUGCUUAACUGUGCUGUUUUAGUGGUUGUAGGAUAUAAAUGCACUGGUGAAGCAAAUGUAGUGCCAACAGAAGGUGAUUUUCCUGUUGUGUAUGUCUUGCAGCAUUUGAAGGGACUGUGCAUUCUUAAAACAAUCACAGUUGCUUCUAAACCAGAUUUCAUUUCUAUUAUUGUUUUACGUGCCAAACCCCGAAGUGCAUUGGGCUUGAAUCUCUGAACGCCGUGGACCCAUUAGAAGACUGUUUUGAUUGUCACAAAUUGUAGUGCCUGAAAACAUUAUUAAGCUGAUUGUCUUAAAAAAAGAAAGUUCUCCAAAGACAAAACAGGAAUAAUUAUUAUAACAGAAAACAAUUAUGGUUGAAAUGUCUGUGGUUCCUUGGAAAUGCUGCGCUUUUUGUAUUUUCCAUCAUUAGUGCAGUUGAACGAAUGUGUAUAGUUCAGAGGUCUUCGUGUUCGCAUUUUAAAAUUAGGUAAAUGACCUCAUCUUUCAAGCUUGAAUUCAUUUUUAAUUUUAAUUUUAUUUUAUACAAUGUGUAGACAGUUCCCUGUUCUCUGCAUUUAGAAGUAUAAACAAUAUAAAGCUGUUAAUUCUGUAAGUAAUUUUUAUAAUUAUGAUGUAACUCUAUCCUAUCCUUAAAACAUUUAAAAUAAACCCUUUAUGUGCAA